AUGAGCCGGGAUCCUGACGUCCCUCUUCCGCAGCCACCAAGCUCUCAAACCCCAAUAUCGUCUAUACCAGGAGCCACUGGGAGCACUUUGCCAAACCAUACUCGUGCUACGACUCGCCCAACAGAAACUCAAAAGACUCAAGUGGAUACUGCUUCGGACAAAGCAACCGCAGCAUUCAUUCGGCGUACUCUCUGUUCCCACAAUGUACUACUUGGAAACGGCGAGAAAGCACGCAGUACACCGCGCCCAAUCGGAGACGUGCUACCACCUCUGACAAGCUCAAAUGAGGUCGAUCUUCAGUUAUACGGUAUUAUUUCUGUGAUCAUCAAGGAGUUCGUACAGACGUGGUACUCGAAGAUAACUCCAGAUCAAGUAUUUGUCAACGAAGUGAUUCAAAUUAUCGCUCACUGUACCCGUGGUCUGGAACAACGCCUCAGAAAAGUCGACCUGGAAUCACUGUUACUAGACGAGAUCCCUGAGCUGCUUGAAGCUCAUCUGACAUCUUUCCGAAUAGCGAAGAAUCAAGCCGCCUCGUCAAAUUCACUGGUAUCAGAUCCUCGUCUGAUCUAUCAUACGCUCCACCCACACCCUGCACUUUCUCCUGUUCCGACCGAUGAUGCACCAGCAACAGUCCUCGAGCAGCGCGAAAGCGAGUCGGCGUGGCGCCAACUCCUCAUCCACGGAGUGUUGGCUUUAUUGCUACCGACAGAAGACUUGAAGAAUGGGUGUCUACGCGCCCUGGUGGCCGAAAUUUUCGCCGAGAUGAUCCUCGGAAACGGCAUUAGCGGCAAAGCCUGCGAGGGAUGGGUAUUAUGGGAAGGCAUCACAAGGAUAGCUGAGGUUCUGCAGACCGAUGCUACGAAAGAGAAAGAUCCCCAGUCAGAAGACCCUAACGCAGAACAGUUGUUGACCCGUCUUGAGCGUUAUGGGCUGCUGUCUCCACACGGCGGGACAGAAGUUCAUCCAGAAGAACGACUGGACGCCGGCCAGAAUCGCCAUAAUACUCCGGUCGUAUACACUUCUGGUGCAUUUUGGGCGAUCAUCCAAUACGCUUUUUUGGCGUUUACUGCGGUGCGAGCGGUGAUUUUGAGUCUUGCGACAUUAUCUUCUCUUCCGUCAAGAAUUGCCACAAGCGAACAGUCAUCUGUUGAGGCGGGUAGCCAAUCGCAAACACCUCAAGCGGAAAACAUUGCUUCCAGGCGCCCGUUGGAGGCCAAACGGCCUGUAGUCAGCAUGGGCUUGUGGAGCUGUGUAGCGCAACUUGUCGAGUUAGAUGUCCGCAUGCCUUGGCUGUUGGGCUUCGUCUCCAUGCUCCAUCAUGGAGCGUUGGCCGGCCCAGGCAGGGUGGGUGAAACCGAUGGUGUAUUGGACAGGUAA